AUGAUUUCUCUGUGUAAAGUGUGCACCGUCACCAAUAAUUCAGAAGAGCUGUGUGGAGGUGCAGUUUACCAACAACAUCACCUCGUGUUCCAACUGAACAGUAGUCCUGGUAGUACUAGUCCUUGCAGCAGUAGUCUUGGUCCUUGUAGCAGUAGUCCUGGUAGUACUAGUCCUUGCAGCAGUAGUCUUGGUCCUUGUAGCAGUAGUCCUGGUAGUACUAGUCCUUGCAGCAGUAGUCUUGGUCCUUGUAGCAGUAGUCCUGGUAGUACUAGUCCUUGCAGCAGUAGUCUUGGUCCUUGUAGCAGUAGUCCUGGUAGUACUAGUCCUUGCAGCAGUAGUCCUGGUAGUACUAGUCCUUGUAGCAGUAGUCCUGGUAGUACUAGUCCUUGUAGCAGUAGUCCUGGUAGUACUAGUCCUUGUAGCAGUAGUCCUGGUAGUACUAGUCCUUGUAGCAGUAGUCCUGGUAGUACUAGUCCUUGCAGCAGUAGUCUUGGUCCUUGCAGCAGUAGUCCUGGUAGUACUAGUCCUUGCAGCAGUAGUCUUGGUCCUUGUAGUAGUAGUCCUGGUAGUACUAGUCCUUGUAGCAGUAGUCCUGGUAGUACUAGUCCUUGUAGCAGUAGUCCUGGUAGUACUAGUCCUUGUAGCAGUAGUCCUGGUAGUACUAGUCCUUGUAGCAGUAGUCCUGGUAGUACUAGUCCUUGUAGCAGUAGUCCUGGUAGUACUAGUCCUUGCAGCAGUAGUCCUGGUAGUACUAGUCCUUGCAGCAGUAGUCUUGGUAGUACUAGUCCUUGUAGCAGUAGUCUUGGUAGUAGUAGUCCUUGCAGCAGUAGUCCUGGUAGUACUAGUCCUUGUAGCAGUAGUCUUGGUCCUUGUAGCAGUAGUCCUGGUAGUACUAGUCUUUGUAGCAGUAGUCUUGGUAGUAGUAGUCCUUGCAGCAGUAGUCCUGGUAGUACUAGUCCUUGUAGCAGUAGUCUUGGUAGUAGUAGUCCUUGUAGCAGUAGUCCUGGUAGUACUAGUCCUUGUAGCAGUAGUCCUGGUAGUACUAGUCCUUGCAGCAGUAGUCUUGGAAGUACUGUAGUCCUUGCAGCAGUAGUCCUGGUAGUACUAGUCCUUGUAGCAGUAGUCCUGGUAGUACUAGUCCUUGUAGCAGUAGUCCUGGUAGUACUAGUCCUUGCAGCAAUAGUCUUGGAAGUACUGUAG